AUGCAGAGGAGUCCCCGCUCAGCAUAUAUAGCUGCUCAGCAGCAUCAUACGAGUGAAGCUGGAUCUUCUAAUAACUACAAGGUCCUGGGAUGCCACGAGCAGCUGGGUCCAAAGGACAACCAGGACUCUGAGGACCCCAGAGAAUACUGUUAUGGUGGGUACCACCCUGUCCAGAUAGGUGACACCCUCAACAGAAGAUAUCAGGUGGUUUCUAAGCUGGGCUGGGGCUAUUUCUCCACUGUCUGGCUGUGUCUGGACCUCAGGCUCGGUCUUCGUGUUGCUGUGAAGGUGCUGAAGAGCGGAGCUGGCUUCACCCAGGCAGGACAGGAUGAACUUGCUCUCCUGCGAUGCGCAAGUGGUCCCACAAGCCGUCAUCCAUCCAGUCAGAGGAUUGUUCGGCUGCUCGAUGAGUUCAAGCUGGCCGGGGUCAACGGGGUCCACAUGUGCCUGGUGCUGGAGCUGCUGGGGCCAGACCUGAGAAGCUGGCAGCUAUGUUUUGGCAAUCCAGGACUGACGCGGCCUUGGGUCAAACAAAUACUUACUCAGGUUUUGCAGGGCCUGGACUACCUUCACAGUCAGUGUAAAAUCAUCCACACAGACAUCAAGCCUGAGAACAUCCUGCUGUGUCUGGAGGAGCAGUCCCACAAAGUCCCAGCAGGGGGCAGCAGCUCCUCCUCUGUACUGACCGGGAAAGAGGCCAAGUCCAAGGAGCAGGUGAACCCAUACAGUUUAAAGGGAAUUACAGUGAAGAUUGCCGACCUGGGCAGCUCCUGCUGGGUGUACAAACAUUUCUGUGAGGAGAUCCAGACCCGUCAGUAUCGCUCACUAGAGGUUUUACUGGGGUCUGAGUACGGCCCGCCUGCUGACAUCUGGAGUGUCGCCUGCAUGGCCUUUGAGUUGGUCACCGGAGACUCCCUGUUUGAGCCCAAAGUGGGCGAGUCCAUCUCUCUGGAGGAAGACCAUAUAGCCCAGAUCAUGGAGCUGCUCGGCAAAAUUCCACCAGCUGUUGCCUUGUCGGGUAAAUACUCUGCAGAAUACUUCAGCCGCAGAGGUGACCUGCGCCGUGUCGGCCCACUGAGGCUUUGGGGCCUGUAUGACGUUCUGGUGGAGAAAUACCACCUCCUGUUGGAGGAUGCCUCUGGAUUGUCAGACUUCCUUCUUCCAAUGUUGGAUUAUUAUCCGGAGAGGAGGGCCACAGCUGCACAGUGCCUCCGCCACCCUUGGUUGACCUCAUGA